UCUGCACGCACACACUUCCUUUUCUGCCGCCCCAACUGCCGCGCAGGCAGAGCCGGAGCGGUCGACCCCGCCGAGGUGCUGCCGAUGCCGAGAGCUGCCCCGUGCCCGAGGAGAGGACCACAGCGAUGCUCGCCCCACCGCUCGUCGCCCUUGUCCUCUGCCUCACCACCUCUGUGCUGUGGGCUAAAGGGCCGGAGGAGGAGACCAACAUGGACACCCUGGAGAAGGAGCUGCAGAAGGGCUGCAGCAGCACCCUCCACCCCAGGGAGAGGUUAAACUGGCUGGAGGAGAAGCUGGCCCGCCAAGACCACAACUUCACGGGCGGCAUGAUCGAGACCUAUGUGUUCAAGUUCAAGACCGAGAGCUUCAAAGGGUUAAACCUCAGCAGCAAGAUGGAUGUGAAGCCGGGCGGCAGCGAGAGGCUCAGGCACGCCUUGAACUUCCCGGCGGAGCUCGUGGAGGGCGUCAAGGUGCGCAAAGUGGAGCAGAAGCUCGUCUGCAUCUACAUCCACAGCCCCUGCAUCUUCCAGGAUGCCCACAACAGCUCCGUGCUGAACAACGACGUGCUGGGAGCCUUCCUGCAGAGCGGGCGCGUGGCUGGGCUCAGCCGCCCCAUGGAGAUCCGGUUUUGGCACGACACGGUGCUGGAUGCCUCCAACGCCACCUGCGUCUUCUGGCAGCCCGGAGCUGGCACGGGCAGCACGGGCAGCUGGAGCAGGGAUGGCUGCAAGACCACGCACAGGGAGGGCACCGUUAUCUGCCACUGCGACCACCUCACCUACUUUGCUGUCCUGCUGCUCCAGGCGGAUGCCCUGACCCCGGCACAGCUGGCAUCGCUCACCCACAUCAGCACCAUCGGCUGCUCCCUCUCGGCUGCCGCCACCCUCUGCACCCUCCUGCUCUGCUGCUUCUUCAGGCCGCGGUUGAGGGACAACACGACCAGGAUCCACAUGCACCUCCUGGCCGCGCUGCUCCUGCUCAACUGCAGCUUCCUGCUGAGCAUGCCGCUGGCCACCGGUGCCGCGGGGCUCUGCCAGGUCACCGCUGCCCUGCUGCAUGCCAGCCUUCUCUGCGCCCUGGCGUGGAUGGCCGCCGAGGCCUUCCACCUCCUCCUCCUCCUCGUCAAGGUCUACAACAUCCACAUCCAGCACUACCUCCUCAAGCUCUGCCUCUGCGCUUGGGGUCUGCCCGUGCUGGCCGUGGUGGCUGUUCUUGUCUUCAAGAGAGAUACGUAUGGGUACCAUACCAUCAACACCUCUGAGCACCACAGGAACACGACUAUGUGCUGGCUCACCAGCGAGCCGGCCCAUAAAGCCACCCUCUGCUACACCGGCCUCAUCCUGCUCUUCAACAUGCUGGUGCUGGGGAGGGUGAUGAUGAUACUGCGGAGGAUGCGGCAGCAGAGCGGGCAGGCGAGGAAGGACUGGGUGACAGUGCUGGGGCUCACCUGCCUGGUGGGCACCACCUGGGGCCUGGCUUUCUUCAGCUUCGGCGUCUUCCUCGUCCCCCAGCUCUACCUCUUCACCAUCCUCAACUCCCUGCAAGGUCUCUUCGUCUGCCUCUGGUACGUCACCGUGCACCGCCGGAGGAUGCCGGGCUCCGUCAGCAACAACUCCAUAACGCGCCCUGACGCCACGGUGGGGGGCUGUGAGGGGAGCUCGGGAGCUGCUCCCCGAGGACGCGGCGUGGCGGCAUUCCCUGGGCCGGCCAGCCGGCGCCGCGGACACCGUGGGUUUCUUCAAGGGGAGCAUUUGGCCUGCAAAGAUGGAUUUGUGGGCGGCGGGAGCUGCCUGCUGCUGGGGGGCUGCAGCUCGGGGCCCCGCGGGUGCUGCGCUCCCCUGGGACUGCGGCUGCCCCGUGCCGGCCCCGGCAGCCCCGCCGGCUCACCGCCCCGCCACGGGUAACCAACACCGACUGCUGCUGCCGGAGGCGGACGCUUCCCAAUAAAAGCGCUGUUGAA